CGUUUUUGUUGGGAUAAAGUGGGUGUCUCCUGUAUUGGUCAAGAUUUAUAACUACGUUUUUUAAUAUCAUAGAAUAUAUGAGAUUAUAUAAUAUUAACGUUAGCACUACAAAGGUAGUUUGUUGUCAAAGUGGAGUAACGCAUGGCGCAGAAUGUUGCAACAAAAAUAUUUUCGAGUAUUGAUUGCGGACAAGGAGCAGUCCGUGCUGUGAGAUAUAAUGCUGAUGGAAAUUACUGUAUAACAUGUGGAAGUGACAAGACCAUUAAAUUAUGGAAUCCUAACAAAGAAUUAUUAAUAAAGAAAUACACUGGUCAUGGUUCAGAUGUUUUAGAUGCAUGUGGAUCAUGUGACAAUGCACAACUUGCAUCUGGUGGUACUGAUAAAACUGUUAUAUACUGGGAUGUUGGAAGUGGUCAGAUUAUGCGACGAUACAGAGGGCAUGUCGGAAAAGUGAAUUGUGUUCAAUUUAAUGAAGAGUCGACCACCAUACUUUCUGGUUCUGUAGAUUCUUCAAUUCGAGCGUGGGAUUGUAGAUCACGCAAACCAACUCCUUACCAAAUUAUGGAUGAAGCAAAAGACAGCAUUACAUCUUUACAGGUGAAUGAUCAUGAAAUACUGUCAAGUUCUGUCGAUGGGAAGGUUCGAAGAUAUGAUUUAAGAACUGGAAAAAUGUUUUCUGAUUUCAUCGGAUCAGCUAUUACUUAUGCUGUUUACACUAAAGAUUCUCAAUGUGUUUUAGCCUCAAGUCAUGACCACACAAUCAGAUUGUUGGAUGUUGAUUCAGGAGAAAUGUUAGGAGAAUAUACUGGACAUAAAAAUAGCAAAUACAUGAUAGAAUGCGGAUUGAAUGCUAAAGACGAUCAUGUGAUCAGCGGAUCUGAAGAUGGAUUCAUUUAUAUUUGGGAUUUGAUUGAAGCGAAAAUUCAACACAAAAUAAAGUUAAAAGAAAACAGAGUAGUACAUUCAAUCAGCCAUCAUCCUGAAGAAGUCAGCCUUCUUGCUGCAAUGGAUAAUUCAAUAAUUGUAAUAGGAAGUGAAGAGUUUGAACCGAAGGAUGAAACAUAAAUAGCAUUCAAUGAGGAAUGUGACA